UGGCCAGGCCCGCGGUCCUGCCCGGCCCCGGCCGCAGUGCACCGCCCGCCGCCCGCCCCUCGGCGGCACCGCCACCGGGAGACCGUGUCGCGGCGGCUCAGACUGCGGCGGGCGCGUGCGGCGGCGGCUGCCUCCGCUCCCGGCGUCGUGGGAUCUCUAUCUGCUCGCCCGUGCAAGGACGGCGCGCGCUCCGGCCCGCCGCAGGGACAGGGUCGCGCGGCUUGGAGCUCAUUCCUGACGGGCCGCAGAAUUGUUUGUGGAUGAAAGAGUCAGAGCCACUUCCCAACUCGGGCUGCGGGCGCACCACUUUCUCGUUGGUGAGGAGGCUUGGUUUGGUGUGUUCGAGCGAAUACCCGCAUCUACAGAAGAACCCAGGGCCGCCUGCGGGAACCACGUAGGUCUAAUUGGAAGGACCUGGCGCAGGUGUGAAAGGAGCUCUUUUUGAAGGUUCCAGGGCUGCAGAGGGUUGGGAGACGGAAGGCUCCAGCCGAUCCAGCCUUCUCUAGCACAAGCGAGAGAGGAAGUGCAGGUUGGUCUGGGUGGUGUGACCCAUGCUUUGAGGCCAGGAGACUCCCAGAGGCCAGCAUGCCGUGGGACACCAGACCUGGACGCAGCGCCAACGGAGGGCCCGAGGGUCCGGGCGCAGCUCGCUUGCGGGUGCAGAAGCAGUGUCGGAAGUCAUCCUUCGCCUUCUACCUGGCAGUGCGAGAUCUGCUGCCAGUGUGGCUACUCGAGGACAUGCGUGCCAGCGAAGCCUUCCACUGGGACGAGCGUGGGCGCGCCGCCGCCUAUUCGCCUUCGGAGGCCCUGCUCUACGCUCUCGUGCACGACCACCAAGCCUAUGCUCACUACCUGCUUGCUACCUUCCCACGACGGGCACUCGCCCCACCUAGCGCAGGCUUCCGCUGCUGCACCGCGCCUGGACCGCACGUGGCGCUGGCGGUGCGCUACAACCGCGUGGGCAUUCUGCGCCGCAUCCUGCGAACCGUGCAGGACUUCCCAGUCGAAGAACGCGUGCGCCUCCUGGACCGGCGUGGCUGCAGCCGCGUAGAGGGCGGUGGCACGUCGCUGCACGUGGCCUGUGAGCUCGCACGCCCCGAGUGCCUUUUUCUGCUGCUUGGCCACGGAGCUUCUCCAGGCCUUCGAGAUGGCAGUGGCUUUACUCCACUGGAGCUGCUGCUGCGCCAGCUGAACCAGGACACCAGCUCAGCCCCUACUGCUGCUGGGGCUGCCUCUGCCACCGUCAACGCUGCCACCGCAAACACCACUUCAUCUGGGGAGGUGUGUCAGCGUCGCCUGCUGCUGCUUGACCUGCUAGCACUGUACACCCCGGGGGGCGUCGUAGGCCCAGCUCGAUGUGAACUGCUAGGAGACCAGCUACGCUGGCAGCGGUUGCUGGGUGAGGACAAGUUCCAGUGGCUAGCGGGGCUGGCGCCACCCUCCCUCUUUGUCCGUGCCAUGCAGGUGCUGGUCACCACUAUCUCACCUGGCCGCUUCCCGGAGGCCUUGGAUGAGCUGCCUCUGCCACCCUUUUUGCAGCCCUUGGACCUCACGGGCAAGGGCUAGACUCAGGGGACCCUGACAGAGUAUUUGGGGACAGAAGUAUUUUUGAGAGCAUUGUACUUGGCACUUUACAUAUAUGGAUCUGACUGUACAGAGGAA